AAAAAUACUAAGCAUAUACUUAAAAUUUCACUCAAAUUACGCAAAAAUGCAAUCAACAAAAGCUCAAGACUACCAAUUCUACACCUGCUUCUGUGGCUGAGUGUGUAAGUCUCUUAAAAGGCUUAUCCUGCAUUGCCUCUCCUCUCACCCGCUAGGAGAGGAUCCUGACAAAGAGAUGGCCAAAAAGAAAGGAAUCCGUAAAAAGAGAGGAAGACCCAAAGUGAUACCUGAGUCAGAACUUGCUAAACGAGAGAUGCUAGAACGAGAGACUUUCAAAUAAGUUCCUACUCAAAGUUGUCAAAAGACAGGAUAAGGCUCUCUUCAAGAGCUUUAAUGCUUAUGGUAAUUGUGAGUCUCCGCUCCUGUGGUUCUAUAGUCCGAAACCGCCCAAAACUCUUGAUCAGACAAGUGUCUUAUAUCGUAAACUCCAGGAAAGAAUCGGGGAGAAAAUCACUGAAGCAGAUAUUAGACGGAAGAAACAAGAGGGAAUCCCUCUCACAGACCUUGAAGAAUGUGCCUUCAAAAGAAUAACUCGACAAGAAGAUGAGCUUGCUACUCUUGACUGGAUAUUCGUUGAGUACUUGCUGACUUAUUAUCGGAUGGUAAAGCCAGGAUUUUAUCAGUUCCUCACAUGCUUUUAUGAAAAUAUGAGAAACUCCUUUAAUAUCCAUGGAUGGGAUGUAGAAACAAAUUUUGGAAUAGUUAGUAGAAAGUUCAUCCCAAACAAAGAAUAUUGUUCAGAGAAUGGCACGAAGAACCUUUUAAAGCUUAUGGAAAUUUUUAGAGCCAGAUAUAUCCCACUAAAUUGUGAGGGAUUUCCUAAAAAGCUUACAAAAGCACUCUGAACUCACUUUGUAGAAUGGUGUUAUCAAAGAGGACUUUCAGAAGAAACUUUCUGUGGAAAUAUUUAUGACUCUUGAUUUGACAAAUCUGAUAAUACAGAAGAAAGCAAAAAUGACUCUGAUGAUGAUUUCUUUAUGGAAAAAGAGGACGAAAUCGUAAGCACUCCUCAAAGUUCUUCGAUAUUCCAAGAACUAUACAGUAAUCAACCUUCUGAAUCCACACAAAACUGGGAACAAAAGGUGAGACAUUUCCUCACAAACAUCGACACAAUCUCUGUCCAUGAAUUUAUAGACCCCAGUAGUCUUCCUUACUUUUCUCCAAAAUCCACUUCAGAAUUCAAGACCAAAUACGAUCUCUACACUGAUACCUCCGGUGCUAUCCAAGCUCGCUGUAAGUCCUCCUCCAAGCUCGCUAGAGACCUCCGCCUCGCCUUCCUCCGUAGCUCUAAACUCUCUGGUGUUUCCCAGACUUCUCUCCCAAAUCCUCCGCCAAGUCAGCUUCAGAUCUCUUCGCUAAAGCCCUCUGUGGACCCUCCAAAAAGGAGAAAGAGAGGUCGGCCAAGGAAGAUGUCAAUUACCGCCACUGACCAUUCCGACUAAGACACUAAUCACAUAUUUUCAGUCUUACUUAUCCUUAAG